AUGCCAUAUUUAUUCUCCAAUGAAGAGUUAGCGGAUAUUCAUUUUGUGUAUGGCUUUAUAGAUGGAAACGCAGCAGAAGCAGCCAGAGAAUACGCACGAAGAUUUCCAAACAGACGACAUGCAACUCGCUCAGUAUUUGUAAUAGUGCAUCGCCAAAUAAUUGAAAAUGGUUUUGGAAAUCUCCAAAGGGAUCAAAACAUAAAUGUUCGUCAGCGCAGAUUUACCCGUAUGAUUCUGCGUGAGUUUGAUAGAGAUCCGACCACAAGUAUUAGGAGAGUUUCUGGUGCCUUGGGAAUUUCAGCAAGCCAUGUUCACCGUGUUCUUAGAAAUGACCAUAGACGUCCUUACCAUUUGCAACCUGUGCAAGGACUACAGCCAGGGGCGGAGAACGAAGAAUCACAUUUUUUUUUAAGUAACGUUUUAUGGUCCGAUGAGUCAUGCUUCACUAGACGUGGAGUGGUAAAUUUUCAUAAUCAACAUAUUUGGUCGCAUGAAAAUCCGCAUGCAAUUGGUAUCUACCGUAAUCGACUAUUUGGACCCUACCUUUUGCCUGCAGGGUUAAAUGCUGCGACCUUCUUGGAAUUUUUAAAGGCUGAAUAUGCAAAUAUGUGGGAUGAUGUUAUGUUAGAUUUAAGAAGAUUGGCCUGGUUCCAGCUUGAUGGUUGUCCAGCUCAUUAUUCGAGAAUAGUUAGAAACUGGCUGAACGAAAAUUAUCCAGAAAGAUGGAUCGGCCGUGGAGGACCAGUCGCCUGGCCUCCACGAUCCCCUGACCUAAAUCCAUCAGAUUUCUUUGUGUGCGGAUUUCUAAAAGAAAAAGUGUACCAGACUCCCGUAACCACAAGAGAUGUGCUAAUAGACAGAAUCAGGAAUGCAUGUGAUGAAAUAAGGCUUUAUUUGAAUAAUGCUAUACCACGUUCGAUCAUUCGUAGAUGUGAAUUGUGUAUUGAACAAUUGGGUUUACAUUUCGAGCAACUACUUCAAAUUUUGUAUUGGUGCAGACAACGGUCACUCUGGGAUCAGGAAUGGGACAGUAUUGUCUUUAGUGACGAGUCUCGAUUUUGUUUAGGCAUGCACGAUGGUCGUGCCAGGGUUAGAAGGCGACGUGGUGAAAGGAGGAAUCCACAGUUUUUUGUUGUAAGACAUGUUCACACUGUUGGAGUUAUGGUUUGGGGUGCUAUAGCUUAUGGUUCCAGGUCACCUUUAAUCUUCGUCAGAGGUAACAUGAACGCGCAGCAUUAUAUCCACGAAGUUCUAGAACUCCGUCUUUUACCCUAUCUUGACACCCUGGCAGAUCCAACUUUCCAACAAGAUAAUGCCCGACCACAUGUUGCAAGAGUCACAAUAGACUUCUUUCAACAUACUGAUGUCACACUGUUACCAUGGCCACCAAGAUCUCCCGACUUAUCCCCAAUUGAGCACUUGGUGGUUGCCUGGAAUGAGAUACCACAGGAGGACAUUGACCACCUGAUCAGAAGCAUGCCUAGGCGCGUUGGAGAAUGCGUGGCACAUCAGGGUGCAUCCAUACAUUAUUAA